AUGCAACAAGUACCACCGGAGCUCAAGAGCAUGAACGAUCAGCUGCAGCUCAUUCUCAAGGAGAAUCAGGAGCUGGGUGGCAAGAAGACAAAGCUCGUUGAGGCCCGUCGUCACCUUGGUGCUCAGAAGGCUGAGAAUGAUGUAGUGCGAGAUGAGAUGAACAGGUUAGAGCCGGAUUCCAAGGUUUACAAACUCAUUGGUCCCGCUCUCAUUCUCCAAGAUCAGAGCGAUGCCAAGGCAAUCGUCAACAACCGUCUUGAAUACAUCAAUGGCGAGCUGAAGCGAACGGAUGCCUCCAUCGCAGAAAUAGAGCGGAAGGAAAGGGAUUCCCAACAGAAAGCCGAGGAACUGUUCCACAAAAUGCAGGCGAGGCACGCUCAAAUCCAAGAGAAACAACAACAGCAGCAGCAGCAGCGAUAA